AUGGUUUUAAGGGAUCCUGUGGUUUUGGUGGUAGAGGGAGGAGGAGGAGGAGGAGAGGAGGAGGAGGAGGAGAGGAGAGGAGGUGAGUCUGUGAUGUGUGCAUCAGUGACUCUCUGUCUUGUGUCCUGUGUCCUCUCAAAGGAGGAGGAGGAGGAGGAGAGGAGAGGAGAGGAGGAGAGGAGGAGAGGAGGAGGAGGAGGAGGAGUCUGUGAUGUGUACAUCAGAGAGAUGGACUUCAUCACUGUCUCAGAGUUUGACAGCAUCCCUCAGUACAUGAGAGGACGUGUGUCGUACGAGCAGCUGAAUGCUGCAGUGCAGAGCAUCAACAUUUCUGUUACAGCAAAGUACAAAAUCCUCCAUCAGUCUGUGAAGAGUCUCAACAAUCAUUCCUGUAAACUGCAGCAGCGCUUCAAGGAGCAGGAGAGCAACGACACUAGAGGUCACUUGUUUGUGGUGGAGGACGACUUCAGAGAGUUCUCUCAGGUGAAGAUGGACAAACACUUUCAGGGGAUUCUGAGCAUGUUGAGACACUGUCAGCGUGUGAAGGAGCGCUGAGG